AUGCAACAACGAACCAUUCCGAAUACGAAACCACAACAACAUCAACACGCAACAAUGCGAAAAACUUCAGCAACAUCCCGAGAAUUAGAAAAGAAAUAUAAUACAGAAUCAUUGAUCGAGAGUAUGCUUUCGGAAUCGAAACUCACUCAUUUUCAAAAGAAGGAGGUACUUUCAUCAUUGAAAAAUAAAUCAUCCUUACCGAGUUCUGGAAUUGCCUUGUCAAAAAAACAUGAAAUGGAUGAUUCUUUGAGAGCAUACCGAUUGAAAAAUCAACCAGCUUCUGUGGAUUUGUUUCCAGACUCCAAUAAGGGAAAAUUUACAACAAAGAAAAAAUUGUUUGACCAGUCCCUGUUUCAGCGAGAGGUAUUUAGGCCCUCUGCAACAGUGGAUCGAGAAAGAGAAAAGAAUUUACUGGCGACAUACAAUGAAUUUGGAGGAAAACAAUCAACGCCCUCUGUUAUUAUAAAAGGAAGAAUUGAUAAACAAGUAGUGACGCCUCCAAAGCAAACUCAACCUCAAAAAAGUAGAAUGGAAGAGAUUGAGGAAGAAAUUAACGAUCGAUUGCUGUUCAUAGAAGAAAUGGAACAGAACGGAGCAAUGAACAGGGAACAAAAACAAAUAAUACUUGCUCAAAUCGAUGAGUACGUGAGAGAGAUGAAUGCAAUUUGUUCCAAAUGA